CUCCACCACCUCUAUAAAUUUAUUCCCACCUCACACCUCGGCCUCGCACAACCUCAACAUCCAAUAAUUUUAAAAAAAUUAGUUUUAUCUUAACAUUUUUCCAAACCUUUUUUUUUUAUUUAUUUUAAAUUAUUACCAUUUAAUUUAAUCUCUCUCUCUCUCGGAGGUCUCUCUUUUUGUCUUUCCCUUUGGUUGCUCUGGGGAGUUUUCUACGAUCUCUGGUGGGAUUCGACGUUCAAGCAGGAAAGAAUGACAGAGACAAAAUCAAACGUGUCCUUGAAACCGUCAUCAUCAUCGCGAAAUCUCCCUGAUUUCAAAAAAUCAAUUAAACUAAAAUAUGUGAAGCUUGGUUACCAUUACCUCAUCACCCAUGGAAUGUACCUCUUCAUCACCCCUCUCGUAGUCCUAAUUGCCGUGCAGCUCUCAACAUUUUCAUUCCAAGAUCUUUAUGAUCUUUGGGAGCAUCUCCAAUACAAUCUAAUCUCCGUGAUCAUUUGCUCAACUCUCCUUGUUUUCUUGUCCACCGUGUACUUUGUCACUCGUCCUCGUCCUGUAUACCUUGUCAAUUUCUCUUGCUACAAGCCUGAAGAGUCUCGGAAAUGCACCAAAAGGAUCUUCAUGGAUCAAUCUCGGCUGACUGGUACAUUUUCAGAUGAGAAUCUUGAAUUCCAGAAAAAGAUCCUUGAGAGAUCUGGCCUUGGUGAUUCUACUUACCUGCCAGAGGCUGUUUUGAAUAUUCCUCCAAAUCCCUCCAUGAAAGAAGCUAGAAAAGAAGCUGAGGCUGUGAUGUAUGGUGCUAUUGAUGAGCUUUUUGCUAAGACCUCUGUCAAGCCAAAAGACAUUGGCAUUUUGGUUGUGAAUUGCAGCUUGUUCAAUCCGACCCCAUCUCUUUCUGCCAUGGUUAUCAAUCACUACAAGCUUCGGGGUAACAUAGUUAGCUACAAUCUGGGUGGGAUGGGUUGCAGUGCAGGUCUUAUUUCAAUUGCACUUGCUAAAGAUCUUCUUCAGGUCCAUCCCAACUCCUAUGCAUUGGUCAUCAGCAUGGAGAACAUCACUUUGAAUUGGUAUUUUGGAAAUGACAGAUCAAAGCUCGUUUCAAAUUGCUUAUUCCGAAUGGGAGGAGCGGCAAUACUACUUUCUAACAAAAGCUCUGAUAGAAGAAGAUCCAAAUACCAAUUGGUACAUGCUGUUCGUACCCACAAGGGUGCAGAUGACAAGUGCUUUGGCUGCGUCACCCAAGAAGAAGACUCCAAUGGGAAGGUUGGUGUUACGUUGUCAAAGGAUCUUAUGGCAGUUGCUGGUGAUGCCCUGAAGACCAACAUCACCACUUUGGGGCCUCUUGUUCUGCCAAUGUCAGAACAGCUGCUAUUCUUUGCUACAUUGAUUGGGAAAAAACUAUUCAAGAUGAAGAUCAAGCCUUAUAUUCCAGAUUUUAAACUAGCUUUUGAGCAUUUCUGCAUUCAUGCUGGAGGAAGAGCUGUUUUGGAUGAACUGGAGAAGAAUUUGCAACUAUCUGAUUGGCAUAUGGAACCAUCAAGGAUGACACUCCACCGAUUUGGCAACACCUCAAGCAGUUCUCUGUGGUAUGAAUUGGCUUAUACAGAAGCAAAGGGAAGAAUGAAGAAGGGAGAUAGGACAUGGCAAAUAGCUUUUGGUUCAGGGUUUAAAUGUAACAGUGCUGUUUGGAAGGCUCUAAGGACCAUAAACCCAGCAAAGGAGAAGAGCCCUUGGAUGGAUGAAAUUCAUAGUUUCCCAGUGGAUGUUCCAAAGAUAUCGGCAAUCUAAUGAAAAAAAAAAUGGUGAAUUUUGGCACAUGGUGUUGGCUUUCGCGAAUGGUGAAUUUUUUUUUUUUCUUUCUUUUAACUGAGGUGUUGGAUUCAUUUCUACUUUUCAUAUCUAGAUUUGGGGACUUGAUUGUGCUUUUACGGCUGUGGAAUGGUAAUCUUGGGAUGAGAGGACAUUUGCAUAUUUUUAUUGGAUCAAUUGAUAUUCAUCGGGCAAAUUAUGUUUU